CUAACCCAACACAAAAAUGAGUGGGUUUCGAUGCCACCCACCAGUGCUAAUAAUCUUUAUUAAAGCCAUAGUUUUUGUAAGAAGUUGAAUAGGAGUUAGUUGCUGUGAUUUAUACAGGAGGAAAACUUCCAGACUUUCUCCAACUAACAGAUAUUGCGCUUAAUUGGGUAAAUGCUCUAGAUAUUAAUAUAUAGACCACUUACCUAUUCUUAGGAAUCACUGUAUUUUAAAAUGUAACCUAUAAUCAUAUAUAAUUUCUUGAAUUCCUCAAACCUUACAAAAUUGACUACAUCUUUCCAUCAUUCAUGUAUCAUAGUAUGAUGUGUUCCUUCUACAUUAUUUUAUUUAUUGAUAUCCACGUGUUCUAUGCCAUACACUAUAAAAGAAAGUAAUUAGCCAGAGAUCCAGAAGGCGACAUCAACCUCCACUGUGUGCUUUGCUGAAUCAGAUGUCUUUCUUUAUAUCCUAUAGAACCAAGAUGAACACCUGCAUCAUUUUUGCAGAUUACUGGGAGUGGAGCACAGUCAGUUGGAACACUGGCUUUGCCAUCGGAAGCUGGUGACCACUUCGGAAACCUACAUCAAGAAUAUGUCCCUCCAACAAGCCGUCAACGCCAGGAAUGCGCUAGCCAAGCAUAUCUACGCCCAGCUGUUCAACUGGAUUGUGCAGCAUAUCAACAAGGCCUUGCACACGACAGUCAAGCAGCAUUCUUUUAUUGGUGUGCUGGACAUUUAUGGGUUUGAGACCUUUGAAUAUAAUAGCUUUGAACAAUUCUGCAUCAAUUACGCCAAUGAAAAAUUACAGCAGCAGUUCAAUUUGUUCCCUAAAGGGACGGACGAGAACUGGGCUCAGAAACUCUAUGAUCGCCACGGGAACAGUCAACAUUUCCAGAAGCCUCGCAUGUCAAACAUGGCAUUCAUUAUUGUGCACUUUGCAGAUAAGCUGAGCCAGAGGAAUGAUUAA